CCCAUCCUUAACCAAAAUAAAUCGAUACUUCGCAAUACCAAAGAAUCAUUUAAUUUCUCAGUUGGAGUUUUAAAUUUUCCGGAGAAAAUGUCAGGCCGAGGAAAGGGAGGAAAAGGAUUGGGUAAAGGAGGAGCCAAGAGGCAUCGGAAAGUUCUAAGAGACAACAUCCAAGGGAUUACGAAACCUGCGAUUCGUCGUCUCGCCAGAAGAGGAGGCGUGAAGCGUAUCAGUGGUUUGAUCUACGAGGAGACCCGCGGCGUUCUCAAGAUCUUUCUCGAGAACGUGAUUCGUGACGCCGUUACUUACACGGAGCACGCUCGCCGGAAGACAGUCACGGCGAUGGACGUCGUCUACGCUCUCAAGAGACAAGGACGCACUCUCUACGGAUUCGGCGGCUAAAAAUUUCGUGUGAAUGUUGUUGUCAAUUCGGAGUUUCUAGGGAUUUCAGAUUUGCGUCUAUGAAUUGGAAUAUUCUUAUUUUCGUUUAAAAUGUUUAAUUUGCGGCGACUUCAAUCAUCAUCUUAACGUGAUUUAUCAGAUCUUGUGAUUAUUUAUGACGGACGGCAUCGUUUUAUUAA